AAAUAAUGAAUAUAAAGACACAGGCUAACAGAAAAAAAAAACAAUUAAAAGAUUUAAACAAGCAAAUUUAAAGAUGAAAAUAUUCAUAAACAGAUUCAGACUAAAGAGUUUAUCAGAUUUUGAUGGAAACAUCUAAAAGUUUUCAGUUAAACUCUAAAUAAACUAUAAAAGUUCACGGUCAUCAAUAACCCUGAACGUAUCGAUCGAUUUGGGAUCAAUAAAGCAGUUUUGAUUCAAAAAAAAAAUGCGAGUUUUUAAAAAAAAUAAAAAAUAAAAAAAAAGUGCUGCUCCUUUAAAUCUCAACACCCCCGACGCGUUGCCACGGUAACGGCGCAAGCAACGGCGACUUCCGAAGGCGAGCCGUUGCCAUAGCGACGCGCAAACAAGAAGGCGAAGGAAAGAAAGAAAGAAAGAAAGAUGUCGGCGAAGAAAAAGGACAAAGUGGAGGAGACCGAUGACUCCUCCAAGGAGGAUGAGGAGGAGGAGGAGGAGGAAGAGGAGGAAGAGGAGAGGUCCUCCUCCUCCUCCUCCUACUCUUCCUCUUCCUCCUCCUCCUCCUCUUCACCCCUGGCGAACCCAGAGGACCCGGUGGUCCAGAACGUCCCGGAGUCGGUGGACGACUUCCUGCGGAACUUCCUGCGCAGGCUGGGCCUGAGCCGGACCCUGGGCCGCUUCGAGCUGGAGUGGCACGGCCUGGCCCGGGGCGGCGGCGGCGGCGGCGUGUUCGUCCCGGACGCGCUGACCCACCGCAGCGCGCUGCUGGGCCAGCUGGAGGCCGUGCGCGGCGACGCCGAGCGGCUCCGGAGGCAGGUGCUGGAGUCCGCGCAGAGCCUGCUGCGCAUGCGCAGGGAGAGCGACUACCACCGGCAGCAGCGCCGGCGGCUCCGCGAGCAGAAGCUCGUCCUCGCCGGGGACUGCGAGCGGCUGCGGGAGCAGCUGCGGGACUCCGAGGCGGCGCUGGAGCGGCUGCGGGACAAGUACGAAGCGGCCCUGCGGACCAAGACGCUCCUCGGGCUGCAGAGGGAGCGAGCCCGGAGGCUCCCGCAGCCGCAGCCGGAGCCGGAGCCCGAGCCGGAGAAACCCAGCGGGAAGCCUCCACCCAGCAGCCCGAGCGGAACCCCGGAGCCCUGCGAGCCGCCGGCCGCCGCGGAGGCUCCGGAGAAGAGCAGCUUCCAGCUGUUCUGCACCUUCCGGGCGCACCAGCUGCCCGUCAGCGGCAUCGCGCCGCACCCCGCCAGCCCGCUGCUGGCCUCGGCCAGCGACGACCGCACCUGGAGGCUGUGGGACCUGCCGCGCAGCGGGGAGAAGGUCGCCCGGAUGCUGCUGAUAGGAGAGGGCCACUCUGAUUGGCUGUCAGGCUGCAGCUUCCACCCCGAAGGAUCCAGGCUGGCGACGACCGGCGGAGACAAGACGGUCCGGCUCUGGGACUUCUCUGCGGGUCGCUGUGUGCUGCUGCUGGCCGGCCACAGCCAGCCCACCUGGGGCAGCUCCUUCCACUCCGGCGGCCAUGUUCUGGCGUCCUGCUCCGCCGACGGGACGUCCCGGCUGUGGGACGCCAGCAGCGGCUGCUGCAGGCUGAUCCUGCGCCGCCACGGCGCCCCGGUGAACAGCGUGGCCUUCCUGCCGUGCUCCGACCUGCUGCUCACCUGCUCCGCCGAUAAGACGGUGAUGGUUUGGGACGGCCGGCUGGGCGUGAGCACCGCCACGUUCCGCGGACACCGCCACCCCUGCAACCACGCCGCCUACAGCCCCACCACCAACACCGUGGCGUCCUGCGACUCCAGGGGCGCCGUCCACCUGUGGGACACCCGGAAGCCGGCGGCGCCGACGGGCGUCGUGGACGCCGGGCCGCACGGCGCCAACCAGGUGGCCUUCAACCAAUCGGGGAAGCUGCUGGCGGUUGCCAGCGGCGACUGUUUGGUGAGGCUGGUGGAGGUGGAGUCGUGCGGCAUCAGCACCCUGUCGGGACACAGGAGGAGCGUCCAGAGCGUGACCUUUGACCUCCAGGGCGGGACUCUAAUGUCGGCCGGCAGCGACGGACUGAUCAACGUCUGGCUCUGAUGUUCGGACCCGUCAGAACCGACCCGCGGGACCAACUGCCAGAGAGUAACUUUAUGCAGCGCUGGAGCACUUCCUGCUGCGGGAGGAAACAGGAAGUUAACGCCGACUUCCUCUAAUAAAGAUUCAGAUCUCCUGAAA